UUACUUGUCACGACUUGUAGUAGUGACGAUGAUGAAGAGGUGAGAGGCGAUGGAUCUGUUUGCAGGCUUGAAUGAAGACGAUAUCUCGGGUGAUUGUCCAUAACUGUUUAUCAAAGCGUGUUAAGCAGAGCUUGCCAUCAUGCCCACGGUGGUUCUUAUGGACUCCUCGCUGUCCAUGACGCGACCCGUGUCAGUGGAGGGCAACGAAGAGUUUCAGAGGAAGAACCUGGCAGUUCAUGGACUGACCAUGCUGUUUGAACACAUGGCAACAAAUUACAGACUGGAGUUCACUGCACUUGUCGCCUUCUCCUCCCUCUGGGAGCUUCUGGUGCCAUUCACCAGAGACUACAAUACACUACAGGAGGCCUUGAACAACCUCGAAGACUACGAUAAAACCUGUCUGGAGUCAGCACUACAAGGUGUUAGUAACAUAGUACAGCAGGAGUGGGGAACGUCCUGCCCAUGCCAGGUGGUGCUGGUUACUGAUGGUGCUCUGGGUAUUGGCCGUGGUUCUUUGCGUCACUCGUUGCAAACACUGAAACAACGUGUGGAGGAUAAGAAAUUCCCACUGCCUUUCCCAUUCCCUUCCAUACUCUAUGUCAUGUGCAUUGCCAAUGCAGAGGAGCUUCAAGCUACUGAUGGUAUGGAUAACUUGGAGCAGUUGGUUAGUUUAAAUGGUGGAAAGGGUCAGAUAUACACUAUGGAGGGACCCCUCUGUCUUAAAAAUAUCCAGUCUAUGUUUGGUAAGCUGAUUGACCAGGCAUACUCUCCCUUCCAUGCGGUGCUGCGUUGUGGGAACAUGGCCUCUGAUGUGCAGGUCUUUCCCAGGCCAGAACCUGUGCUGAUAGAUGAAGAGGUGGAUCCCCUGCCCAAAACGGUUCAAACAGACCUUGAGAUUGUAGGCUUUAUUGAGAUUGGAGACAUCUCCAGCCCUCCUGUUUUAUCCAGACACUUGGUCCUGCCCAUUUCUGUGACUAAAGAGGGGGAUGAGAUAGGUACAGGGGCCACUGAUGAAACCGAGGAAGAACCCUCUACAAAUCAGAUGGCUGGCAAGAGUCCAAAUUUCUGCGUUCUUCUACAUGGCAGCCUAAAAGUAGAGGGCAUGGUGGCACUUGUACAGCUGCAGCCAGAGUGGUUUGGAAUGCUUUAUUCCCAGGCAGACAGUAAGAAGAAGUCCAAUCUGAUGAUGUCACUCUUUGAGCUAGGUUUAGACCCUCUGCCCUGGUUGGGCAGAAUGUCACAGCUUGGUCCUGCCUCAGAUGCAACUGAAAAUCCCUAUGGUGAAGAUGACAGUAAAAGUCCUUUCCCCAUACAGCCGAAACAUAAGAGAAGCUAUGCUCAGAAUGUUACGGUCUGGAUUAAAGCUAGUGGAUUGCAGACAGAUGUACAGAAAAUCCUCCGUAAUGCAAGGAAGCUGCCAGAAAAAACACAAACCUUCUAUAAGGAAUUGAAUCGACUUCGGAAGGCUGCUCUUGCCUUUGGCUUCUGGGAGCUUCUGAAGAGUGUUGCUGAACUGCUGGAGAGGGAGUGCACUCUGCUGCCUGACUCCGCCCACCCUGAUGCUGCCUUUCAGCUCUCACACGCUGCACAGCAACUUAAACUGGCCAGUAGUGGAGACUCCAAGUAUGCGGCCUUUGAACACAACAUCACCCCCAUGCUCACUGACUUCUCUGGGGGCGGAGGAGCUGAGAGAAUGUAGGGGAUCAGUGUACAAUUUUCAGUGGACAACUAUUUGAUCUGCAAAAGACGAAUGGACCUCUAAGAGUCCCUCAGUGCUUUUAAAGGUUUCUCAAUAGGAAAUGAGUUACUGCAGUCCUUCAUACACACAAAAUGUGGCAUUUUCAAUUUUAGUAAUGUCACACCUCAGCAAAGCCAAGGAUUAAGAGGAAAAGUUUGGGUUGCUGUUUUGGUGAUAGAGAUAGGGAACAAUGAACUUUGUGACUUUGCACUCCAUUCAAGGAAAGAAAGACCAUUAUUUUUUGAGUAAAUAGCAUUUUCUCACAGUGACCAAAUUAAUAAAAAAUAAAAUCCUA